UAUUUUGAUUUUUCACACAGAAACCGAAGCUAAGAAUAGCAUCUCUAGCUCCAACAUGUGCAUUAUUCAACUCUGACAAGUCAAUGGACUGACCAGCAAUGUUCGAACAAGGACCAGAGGAGGUCAGGAUACUGUCUCCCUUUGUUGUCCUUUAACAGUGAUCAAUCAAGGGACAAACUUGUCACAUUCAGAAAUAAAGCUUCUUCUCCAAGUGUAAGAAUGAAGCUAGAAGCAGCAUCUCCAGCUCCAACAUGUGCGUCUUUCAAAUCUGACAAGUCAAUGGACCGACCGAUUAUGUUCAGUCAAAGGUUGUGGCAGGAGAGUUCAUCACCAGCUCCCACCUGCAUGUCCAUGAACAGUGAUAAGUCAAUGGACAGACCAACCGUGUUCAGCAGAGAAGAAGAGUUUCUGAGAAUGAAGCUAGAAGCAGCAUCUCCAGCUCCAACAUGUGCGUCACUCAAAUCUGACAAGUCAAUGGACCGACCGAUUAUGUUCAGUCAAAGGUUGUGGCAGGAGAGUUCAUCACCAGCUCCCACCUGCAUGUCCAUGAACAGUGAUAAGUCAAUGGACAGACCAACCGUGUUCAGCAGAGAAGAAGAGUUUCUGAGAAUGAAGCUAGAAGCAGCAUCUCCAGCUCCAACAUGUGCGUCACUCAAAUCUGACAAGUCAAUGGACCGACCGAUUAUGUUCAAUCAAAGGCUGAAGCAGGAGAGUCCAUCACCAGCUCCUACCUGCAUGUCUAUGAACAGUGAUAAGUCAAUGGACAGACCAAUCAUGUUCAGCAGAGAAGAAGAGUGUGUUAGAGCAUUAUCAGCCAGUCUGUUGACUGAGGAUCACUUCAGGUGUCCAGUGUGUACAGAUGUGCUGAAGGAUCCAGUCUCCAUCCCCUGUGGACACAGUUACUGUAAGACCUGCAUCCAGAACUACUGGACCAAACCAACCCUACAAAACAGCUACUGCUGUCCUCAGUGUAGGAAGAGAUUUAGAACUCGUCCUGCUCUGAACCAAAACUCAGCUCUGGCUAAAGUGGUUCAGAAGCUGCAGCAGGCCAGGUUCAGUCCUGCUCUUCCUGAUCAGUGCUACGCUGGACCAGGAGAUGUGGCCUGUGAUUUCUGCACUGGGAGGAAGCUCAGAGCGGUGAAGUCCUGUCUUACCUGCUCUGCGUCUUACUGUGAAACUCACGUGAAGCAGCACUACACAGUAGCAGCUCUACAGAGACACACGCUGGUGGAGGUGACUGGAGAUCUGGAACAGAGACUCUGCAAGCUGCACCAGAGAGCUCUGGAGGUCUUCUGCAAAACUGACCGGACCUUCAUAUGUCUUAUAUGCACAAUGGAGGAGCACAAAGAACACGAUACUGUCCUGGCCAAAAAUGAAGAUCCUACAGCUGAGAUAAUCUUACUUAAUUCAUCAGAAGAGAGGAAGCAGAUGAUACAACUCCUAAAAGACAACAAAGAGUUGACAGCAAAAGUUGAGAGAGCUGAGACUGAGCUGGCUUUCCUGGUAAAGCGCUUUUGCAGAGGACUUGAAGAAGCAAAUGCACUGUCUUCAGAUUUUACCUCUGACUUUGUGGAGGUGUCUGCACUUGGUCGCUCAUUGGAUCUUGGGAUGUUGUAUAACUGCCAUGAUGAUUCUUUCAAUUCUGAUGUUUUUCUGUGGGAUGCUGACUGUGUGUCUUCUAUGAGGCUGUCUCUCCCUCGAUUCUACACAAAUAUGAAGAUUUUAGAGGGAGAUUCUCUGCAGGACAGACUAAAAGCUCUGGACCUGUCCACUGCUCUGAGAGCUAGUGUUGUAUCAGGACUGGUGGAGGUGGCCGGGGGUGCUGCCUUCCUGAAGCACCCCACUCAGUCCCAACUGCAGGACAGAGUCACUCUGCACUACAGAACCUCCACCAGAUUAGACAUGCUCAGUCACAGACUGCUACAGAGUGGAGCUUCUCUCUCAGUGACCAAUCAGAGUUCAACACAUGUGGUUGCGGCAGUGCUUUAUGGAGUGCAGGCGUUUUUUGUGUUUGAUAACACGAGUGAAAGCAAAGCGGGAACUACAGAACUGAGAUCCAUAGUCAAGAAGAUGACCAGUUCUUCCUGUGCAACAGAAUGUUCCUCCAGUCUUACUGAAAGUGAACAAGCAAGUUGUUUGCUAUAUGACUGUGCUGUUUAUCUAGAUGGAAAUGAUGUGAAAAAUCCUGUGAAUUUUAACACAUCAGUGAAUGUGUAUAGCUCUCUUCAAAAGCUGUUAGGACCACAAAGUGAAAGAGCAGUCCCUCUGAAAGUCUGGCUUUAUCCACUGAAAAAUCUGGACCAAUCUUCUCCCCAUGUAGUCAGAGACAUCAGUGAAGUCUUACUAAACAAAGCAGAAAAAGUCCUGAAAUUUUUUGAGAGGACUUUAAGAAAUUGUCAAGAUAUGCUACACAGUUCGAGCAGUCUUCAUGUGGUCAAAUGGUUUCCAUCCUUAAAAGAAGAUAUUUCUCAAUGUUGUGCUCUUCUGCAGCAAUACAAGUCAGAGUUUCAGAGAGAACUGGCCUCCUGCAUAAAGACCAUACGAGACAUAGGAGAGGAAGGAGAGGAGAGGCUUCGAGAUCUUCUGCAUAGGAAUGAGCAAUCACUAUUCAGUCUACAAAAUAUCCACCAGUGGCUCCAAAACGAAGAUGCUGAAGUGAAGGCUUUGAAUGAAUGCAAAGCUGCUAACACACAACACAAGCAACCACCACUGAGUUUUGGGCAUAUCAGUCAGAAAAUCCUCUCUGACCUUCAUUUGUUUCUGUCCAGUAAAGAGGCAGACAGUGAUGCACAACAAAUCAAGUUCAUUGCUGCAUCUGUACCAGAUCAAGAAGUUCCCGGGUCCUCUAUACGACUUUACCAAUCUGGAGGUUUGGUGAUCCACAAUGUAAAACUUGAGGUGAAUCUGGAAGCCCCAGAAAUAAUCACAGUAAGACCAACAAGUGUGACACUGAAACUUCAAAGACUUCAAAGUUCAAAGACCAAAAGUACUGACCGGUACAGAGUGGAGUACAGAGCUCUGAGCUGCAAAGGAUGGAGUCAUGGUCAGCUGAAAUGGAGUAAUAUUGAGAUCUGUAAUACUGAAGAGAAUUGUGUGAUUAUGGGAUUCACACCAGAGGUACAGUAUCAGCUCAGAUAUGCUGUAAUAGAUGGUAACAGCAUGAGUGACUACAGCAGAAUCACAGAGUUCCAGACUCUUCCUAGAGCCACGCCUGGACAGUUGACAGUAAAAUGGAUGAAUGGAGAUUCCCUCUGUGUUUCCUGGCCGAGGGCUGAGGCUGAUGGAGACUCUCCUGUGCUCCACUACAUGGUUGAGUAUAAGGAGACUGGUCUGGAGGGCUGGCAGUCCAUUCUAACAGAGGGUCCUGAGUGUGAAUGCACCAUAACUCUCCCCUACAGCACUUGCUACAGACUCAGAGUCUCUGCUGUCUAUGAAGAGGGAGAUGCCAGCAAACCCAGUGAAGAAACAGAGGUUCCUGUAGAAACUUGGAAAACAGACCUCUCAGAGAGAAAGAGCUCCCUCUUCCUAGAAAUGUUGAAACUCCAAACAGUGAAGAAACCAGUAGAGCUGAGAGGCUGGUCAGAUGAAGAGAGUGAAGUGAGGAGUUUCCUUCAGUGUCUGCCCUACAUCUCCCAGCUGAGGAUUUCUUCUUCGUUUUUCAUCACUAAACACAUUCAGGUGUUUCUGGAUCUGUUCAGUAAAGCAGCAGAGUGUGAGAUACAGACAGGAGAGAAGACACUGGAGCUGUUAACAUCAGUGUGCACUUACAGCUCUUUUCCUUAUGGAGAUAUUCAAAGCUCUUUUCCUUAUAGAGAUACUCACAGAUCUAAUCAGUGUGAUUUCCUGCUGGAUCUGUUCUCACAUGUGAAGAACUAUGAGACUCAAACAGGCAGGACUGUUCUUCCAGCAUUACAGCCAGUUUACCAGUCAGCUCCUGCAGUCUGGAUCAUAAACCUCUCAGAGAGAAAGAGCUCCCUCUUCCUAGAAGUGCUGAAACUCCAAACAGUGAAGAAACCAGUAGAGCUGAGAGGCUGGACAGAUGAAGAGAGUGAAGUGAGGAGUUUCCUUCAGUGUCUGCCCUACAUCUCCCAGCUGAGGUUCAGAUCACCACAGAGUGAGAGUGAUGAGUGGAGAAAGAGAGUGAAUUCAUUUCUGCUGGAUCUGUGUCUGCAAGCAGCUCUUCAUCAGAAAGACAACAUUCAGACAGCUGUAGAAGAACUGAUGUCAUGUGCGUGUGGUGGAAAAGAAGAUUUUCUACUGGAUCUGUUCUCACAUGUGAAGAACUAUGAGACUCAGACAGGCAGGACUGUUCUUCCAGCAUUACAGCCAGUUUACCAGUCAGCUCCUGCAGAGUGGAUCAUAAACCUCUCAGAGAGAAAGAGCUCCCUCUUCCUAGAAGUGCUGAAACUCCAAACAGUGAAGAAACCAGUAAAGCUGAGAGGCUGGUCAGAUGAAGAGAGUGAAGUGAGGAGUUUCCUUCAGUGUCUGCCCUACAUCUCCCAGCUGAGAUUCAGAACUCUACAGGGUGAGAGUGCUGAGUGGAGAAAGAGAGUGAAUUCAUUCCUGCUGGAUCUGUGUUUGCAAGCAGCUCUAUAUCAGAAAGAGAACAUUCAGACAACUGUAGAAGAACUGAUGUCAUGUUCAUAUGGUGACAAAGAAGAGUUCCUGCUGGAUCUGUUCUCACAUGUGAAGAACUAUGAGACUCAGACAGGCAGGAGUGUUCUUCCAGCAUUACAGCCAGUUUACCAGUCAGCUCCUGCAGUCUGGAUCAUAAACCUCUCAGAGAGAAAGAGCUCCCUCUUCCUAGAAGUGCUGAAACUCCAAACAGUGAAGAAACCAGUAAAGCUGAGAGGCUGGUCAGAUGAAGAGAGUGAAGUGAGGAGUUUCCUUCAGUGUCUGCCGUACAUCUCCCAGCUGAGAUUUUGUUGGUCUGUUUCACAUGAAGAACAAAAGAAAAAGUCUGCGUUUCAUUUUCUGCUGAAUCUGAGUGUAGCAGCAGCAGCAGAGAGUGACUCAGCUACAGGAGAGAGAUUCACUGAACUGCUGACAUCUGUGUGCAGCUACCCAACCUUCCCUUUUCAUGAAGAUGAUCCUCACUCUCAGUGGAAUUUCAUGCUGGAUCUGUACUCGUAUGUGAAGAACUAUGAGACUCAGACAGACAGGAGUGUUCUUCCAGCAUUACAGCCAGUUUACCAGUCAGCUCCUGCAGAGUGGAUCAUAAACCUCUCAGAGAGAAAGAGCUCCCUCUUCCUAGAAGUGCUGAAACUCCAAACAGUGAAGAAACCAGUAGAGCUGUGGGGCUGGCCAGAUGAAGAGAGUGAAGUGAGGAGUUUCCUUCAGUGUCUGCCCUACAUCUCCCAGCUGAGAUUCUUUGAGGAGCCUGAAGAGAAAAUGUCAGUCUUGAAGUUUCUGCUGAGUCUGAGUGCCAAAGUAUCAGAGUGUGAUACAGCUACAAAACAGAGUUUCAUUGAGCUGCUGACGUCUAUGUGCAGAGAGAGAGACUUCCCUUUUAAUAAGAAUGACUAUGAUUAUGAGGAUGAAGAUGAUGUUAAUGGCGCUCUGUGUGAUUUCCUGCUGGAUCUGUUCUCUCAUGUGAAGAACUAUGAGACUCAGACAGACAGGAGUGUUCUUCCAGCAUUACAGCCAGUUUACCAGUCAGCUCCUGCAGUCUGGAUCAUAAACCUCUCAGAGAGAAAGAGCUCCCUCUUCCUAGAAGUGCUGAAACUCCAAACAGUGAAGAAACCAGUAGAGCUGUGGGGCUGGCCAGAUGAAGAGAGUGAAGUGAGGAGUUUCCUUCAGUGUCUGCCCUACAUCUCCCAGCUGAGAUUCUUUGAGGAGCCUGAAGUGAAAAUGUCAGUCUUGAAGUUUCUGCUGAGUCUGAGUGCCAAAGUAUCAGAGUGUGAUACAGAUACAAAACAGAGUUUCAUUGAGCUGCUGACGUCUAUGUGCAGAGAGAGAGACUUCCCUUUUAAUAAGAAUGACUAUGAUUAUGAGGAUGAAGAUGAUGUUAAUGGCGCUCUGUGUGAUUUCCUGCUGGAUCUGUUCUCUCAUGUGAAGAACUAUGAGACUCAAACAGGCAGGACUGUUCUUCCAGCAUUACAGCCAGUUUACCAGUCAGCUCCUGCAGUCUGGAUCAUAAACCUCUCAGGGGGAAAGAGCUCCCUCUUCCUAGAAGUGCUGAAACUCCAAACAGAGAAGAAACCAGUAGAGCUGAGUGGCUGGUCAGAUGAAGAGAGUGAAGUGAGGAGUUUCCUUCAGUGUCUGCCCUACAUCUCCCAGCUGAGAUUUCAUUGUUUUGUUCCUCGUGAAAACAAUAAACAACAGUCUGCUUUCCAGUUUCUGCUGAAUCUGAGUGUAGCAGCAGCAGAGAGUGAUUCAGCUACAGGAGAGAGUUUUACUGAACUGCUGACAUCUGUGUGCAGCUACUCAACCUUCCCUUUUGAUGACCAUGAUAAUGAGUAUAAUACUGAUUCUCAGUGUGAUUUUCUGCUGGAUCUGUGCUCAUAUGUGAAGAACUAUGAGACUCAAACAGGCAGGAGUGUUUUUCCAGCAUUACAGCCAGUUUACCAGUCAGCUCCUGCAGUCUGGAUCAUAAACCUCUCAGAGAGAAAGAGCUCCCUCUUCCUAGAAGUGCUGAAACUCCAAACAGUGAAAAAACCAGUAGAGCUGACAGGCUGGUCAGAUGAAGAGAGUGAAGUGAGGAGUUUCCUUCAGUGUCUGCCCUACAUCUCCCAGCUGAGAUUAUAUUUUGGGUCCGAUAUCAAGAAAAACAUGCAGAUGUUUCUGGAUCUCUUCAGUAAAGCAGCAGAGAGUGAGAUACAGACAGGAGAGACAACACUGGAGUUGUUAUCAUCAGUGUGCACUUACAGCUCAUUUCCUUAUGGAGAAACUCACAGUUCUGAUCAGAGUGAUUUUCUGCUGGAUCUGUUCUCACAUGUGAAGAUCUAUGAGACUCAAACAGGCAGGACUGUUCUUCCAGCAUUACUGCCAGUUUACCAGUCAGCUCCUGCAGUCUGGAUCAUAGACCUCUCAGAGAGAAAGAGCUCCCUCUUCCUAGAAGUGCUGAAACUCCAAACAGAGAAGAAACCAGUAGAGCUGACAGGCUGGACAGAUGAAGAGAGUGAAGUGAGGAGUUUCCUUCAGUGUCUGCCCUACAUCUCCCAGCUGAGAUUAUAUUUUGGGUCUGAUAUCAGGAAAAACAAAAAGAUUUUUCUGGAUCUGUUCAGUAAAGCAGCAGAGUGGGAGAGACAGACAGGAGAGAACACUCUGGAGCUGUUAACAUCAGUCUGCACUUACAGCCUUUUUCCUUAUAGAGAUACUCACAGAUCUGAGCAGAGUGAGUUUCUGCUGGAUCUGUUCUCACAUGUGAAGAACUAUGAGACUCAAACAGGCAGGACUGUUCUUCCAGCAUUACAGCCAGUUUACCAGUCAGCUCCUGCAGUCUGGAUCAUAAACCUCUCAAAGAGAAAGAGCUCCCUCUUCCUAGAAGUGCUGAAACUCCAAACAGUAAAGAAACCAGUAAAGCUGAGUGGCUGGUCAGAUGAAGAGAGUGAAGUGAGGAGUUUCCUUCAGUGUCUGCCCUAUAUCUCCCAGCUGAGGUUUGUUUGGUCUGAUAUCAAGAAAACGAUCCAGAUGUUUAUGGAUAUGUUGAUGAAAGCAGCAGAGAGUGGGAUACAGACAGGAGAGAGGACACUGCAGCUGUUAUCAUCAGUGUGCAGUUACAGCUCCUUUCCUUUUGGAGAUGCACAUCGUUCUGAGCAGAGUGAGUUUCUGCUGGAUCUGUUCUCACAUGUGAAGAACUAUGAGACUCAGACAGGCAGGAGUGUUCUUCCAGCAUUACAGCCAGUUUACCAGUCAGCUCCUGCAGUCUGGAUCAUAAACCUCUCAGAGAGAAAGAGCUCCCUCUUCCUAGAAGUGCUGAAACUCCAAACAGAGAAGAAACCAGUAGAGCUGACAGGCUGGUCAGAUGAAGAGAGUGAAGUGAGGAGUUUCCUUCAGUGUCUGCCCUACAUCUCCCGGCUGAGUGGUGCUGAGCAGUGUGUGCCAUCUGCGUGUAAAGUGCUCCACUCCAGAGGAGAAACAGAGCAGGUGGCUCCUCUGCUCCAGGCUCUGGACUUCACUCUGUCUCUGGAAGGAAAGCUACUCACUUCCAGCUGCAGGGCUUUGGGGAGAGUGCUGGGCCUCUCAGCCUCCAACCUCAAACUCACUCUAAACCCACAAGCCAUCUCUCUCAGAGGAACCAGACAUCUCUUCAGAUACAUCACACACCUACACACUCUCAGGCUGAGUGGUGUUAUGGUGAUGAGAACAGUGCGAGCGCUGAGAGCAGCGAAAGCUCCUGUUCCAGUGACGAUUGAGGAGCUUUCACUCAUCCACAGCACAACACAGCAGUCAAAGAAGGAGCUGUCCAGAGUCCUGAGCAGCUUGGCUUCUCUCCUGAGACUCUGGAAUGUCCAGUGUCUGAACCUGACUGAACACACGAUGGAGGUUCAGUCUCUCACUGUCCUACUGUGUCACCAGGGCUCUCUGACCAUCAGGUUAUCUAAUAAACGUCUCCAGAAGCUGGUUGUUGUGGUGAAUGAAGCUCAGGAUGAGGAGCUCACUCGUGGUUUCCUACAGAAAGUGGGUGGAGAUCUGACUUCCUGCUCUCUGAACUGGGAAUUGAUCCACUAUUUCCUGCAGUAUCACACUGUCACUGUGGACUUUAGGAAGAGCAACAUUAAACAGCAGAACAUCAGAGAACUUGUGUCUGUACUGGACAGAGUUCAGCUCAGAAGGUUGACCUCCAGCUUUGUGCUGCCCAUCAUAAGAGAGAUCUAUGAGACUGGCUCUGCUCACUGUGUGUCCAGCCUGUUGUGUUCAAUAAAGAACUGCAUCAACCUGAACAGCAGAGAGCUGGACUCUGUCCACUGUGCUGCUCUGCGCUUCACCCUCCAGCACUGCACUGCAGUCUCUCUCAGCCUGCUGUGGACCUCCAUACCAGAGGGGGAGCUGGAGAGCAUUGUGCCUCUACUCAGCCACGUCUCCCAUCUCAGUGUUGACAGGAUGUUGUUGCUGAGGCUGCUCCGUUGCUGCAGUGUCUCUGUGCUCCAGCAGGGGGCAGCAGCAGUUCUGCUCUCUGCUCUGCAGCACAGACUGGACUUCUCCUGCAGCUCCACUCUGGACCUUACAGAACACACACAGACACACACUCUGAGCAGUGAGGACUGCAGAGUCAUCUCCAUGACCAUCCAGAGAGCUCGGACCCCCACACAGCUCAUUCUGCAGGACUGUGAGAUAGAGGAGACUGGAGUGGAGCAGCUCUUCACCAUUUUACACAAAGUCACUCUGCACUGCAGUAAAGCUCUGCUGCUUCAGUUUCUGUCUCUUGUCCCUGUGGGGACUGAGCUGGACUGUGUGAGGCGUGUUGUGGCUCUAUCUCAGGCUCUGGGUGAGGAACUGGACCUCAGUCAAACCCAGCUGGACCUGCAGGUCUGCAGGUCACUGGCGCUGGUUCUGGAACAUUCUGAAGGGCUGACAGAACUGGACCUCAGCCACUGCCAGCUCACUGACCACUGCCUGGAUCUGCUGCUUCCACACCUGCACAAAAUCAACAUCCUGGAUCUCAGCGACAAUUACCUUACUGAUGUCUCAGCAAAGAGAAUCUACGAUAUUGUCUCCACUAACAGCAACAUUCAGACUGUUCGACUCUUCAGCAACAGAAUUACAGAAAGACUGCGUUUCCUCUCAGACCGGCGCUUUGAGAUCUGGUGAUACUGUGAUGAUGCAGUGAUGGCAUUAGAUUAUCAUGACAGUGAUUUUCUGUUACAUUGAUUAACAAAAAUUACAACCCUAAAGAUUCAGAACAUGUAACAUAUACUGUAUAUAGGCAGAUAUACUGGACUUCACUGAUCUUCACUGAUAUGUACUAAAAUACUAUAACUCUGCUGUAUAUUUGUCAGCAAUAAUAACUUCAAAGAUCAUAUACUUGAAUCAACUUUUUCCAUUUGAAUGGAUUUUGGGACUGUAUGAACACAGGUGUUUUGGUGGAAUUGUUUUCACAAUGUCAGUGUCAUUCCAUGAGGGUGCAAACAUAAUAUUUACCGUUAGCUCAUGGACUGAAAUGUACCUACUCUGUCUGGCUGCUAUUGAAGAUUGAAGCUUUGUAUUUCUCACACUAUGGGGCCUUACCUUUUUCUCACAAAAUCAGAUAUUGUUUAUACUGUGUAUAUAUUCUGUGUUUUAUUAAGUGUUUUAUGGGAAUUUGCUGUAUUGCUGUCCUGUUAACACAAAACCCUGUUUAUUGAUCUCUACGUUACCUUACAGUUUCAGUCUGACACGUCUAGCAAUUUGUCCAGGCAGAGAUUUGAUUAAACUGCUUUCAGGAAAAUGAGCAAAAACAUCUUCUUGUCUAAGAUCAGCUGUUCUUUUAAUACAGUUCUGCAUGUUUCAAGGCUGUUGUCAAGAAGCAGUGAUUACUGUUUCUUUCUCUUUCCUGGUAGAAACUUUUUAAUGUCAGUAAAACAUUAUUUAUGCGUUUUUAUUUUCUGUACUCAUCUGUAUUCACUCCCUCUCUUUUACAGAGAAUACUAAGUAUUGGCUGUUACUGAGUGUUGAGUCAAAUAAAGUGAAUAUUUGUCUAUGAA